CGAAGCCCUAAUCCGGCCACGACAAGACAAAUAGAGGCGGCCGCCCACCUCCGCCCCGCUCUCGGCGUCUUCUUCCGUUAUCCGGCGGCGGCACUCCACGAAUCGGGCCCAAGGAAGGCGUUUCCAUGGCGAGCAACCCGUCGCAACUGCUCCCUUCAGAGCUCAUCGAUAGGUGUAUCGGGUCGAAGAUUUGGGUGAUCAUGAAGGGAGACAAGGAGCUCGUCGGAACCCUCAGAGGAUUCGAUGUCUACGUCAACAUGGUCCUCGAAGAUGUCACUGAAUAUGAAAUCACAUCCGAGGGGCGCAGGAUAACAAAGCUUGACCAGAUAUUGCUAAAUGGAAACAACAUUGCCAUUCUGGUACCUGGUGGUUCUCCCGAUCCAGAAUAAUACUACCAACUUCAUGUUUGCUGAAUCAUUCCAGGUGGUAGGAUAGAAUAUUACUAGUAUUUUCUCAUAUAACUCUGUAAGCUCAUGUAAUCUCUCUGUCAUGUUUUGAAUAUCUUGUAGUUUACAGUAUAGUGCUCUGAUGUUUUGUGGUCUUCGUUCAA